AUGGAGUUUUUCUUUGAUGCUGAAGACGAGGAAGCCAUGGAAGAAGAUGCAAUUUACUUCGAUGUUGAUAACACUGAGGACACUUUUAUGGCAGAAGACGAGAACAAGAAUGAAGGCUAUUGGGAUGAUCUGGUCCACAAAGACUCCACAGUAACAAGGGCCCAAAGCUUACUCAUGCUGAUCCUAUUUACCCUUAAGCACCACCUUACCAAAGUUGCCACUGCCGAUUUGUUGGAGCUGUUGGAUCUCCACCUGCCAAACCUGUUUCCAAAAUCCACCUACUUUAUAGAGAAAUUUUUCAACGUUUCGGACCACAUGGAAAACAUUGAAAAACAUUACUUCUGUGUGCAGUGUGAAGGAUACAUCGGGAAAGAAUUCGUCCAAGAUUGUGUUUACUGUGGAUUUCGUAACCAACGCAAUUGUGAAAAGAGUGCCAACUUCUUCAUGAUGAUGCCAUUGCGAACACAGCUUGAACAUUUCUUAAAAGUACAUGGCCUACCAGAGAUCAACAGAAGUCCAGAGGGCAUAUUGUCAAACAUUAGAGAUGGAGAGGCCUAUCGGAGAUUGGUGCAGGAUGGAACAAUUGGACAGGAUGAUCUAACAUUACAAUGGAACUGUGAUGGAAUCCCUGUUUUUAAAUCUUCUGGCUACUCCAUCUGGCCAAUACAGCUGAUCAUCAACGAAUGUGUACCAUCAGAUAGGAAGGACAAUAUCAUGCUGGCUGCACUUUGGUUUGGCAAUGGAAAGCCAAGGAUGGACACUUAUUUACAGCCAUUUGUUAACACAUGUGCUCAAUUAAGUGAGGAGGGAAUAACCUGGAUUGACACGAAUGGAAGGCAGCUCUGCACCAAGGUCCACACCAUUCUUUGCAGCAGUGACUCAAUUGCCAGACCACCCAUGAGAAAUGUGAAACAGUUCAAUGGACAGUACGGAUGCGACUGGUGUCUCCAUCCAGGCGAGGUGGUCCACAAAGGUGACGGACACGUGCGUGCCUACCCCCCAGGAGAGUACAGAGAGAGGACACAUGAUUCUUUCGUUCAAGAUGGACUUGAGGCAUGCACCUCAACACGUGUGGUGAAUGGUGUCAAAGGACUGAGUCCACUGUGCCUUCUGACUGUAUUCAACAUGGUAAUAGGAUUUGUGCCAGAUUACCUGCACAGUGUAUGCCAAGGUGUUGUAAAACAGUUUAUGAGCCUUUGGCUAGAUUCGUCCAACCAUGGGAAACCAUUCUACAUCGGACUGCAAAGCAGAAUUCUUGAUCAAAAACUGUUGAAGCUAAAGCCACCCUUUGAGAUUACACGACGUCCCCGUACCCUUUCCACCCGUCGAUUCUGGAAAGCUUCAGAAUGGAGAGCCUUCCUGUUAUUCUAUUCCAUGAUUGUUCUACCAGGAGUUCUACCCCAACAAUAUGUGAAUCACUUUUUUCUUUUAGUUUUUGGUAUUUACACUUUGUUACAAUCAUCUGUGACCUUACGAGAAAUAGAUUUGGCAGAGAGGGCACUCAGAAAAUUUGUUUUUCAAGUACAGACUUUAUAUGGUGUAGAGCACAUGAGUUUUAAUGUACACCAACUUUUACAUGUGGCUCAAAGUGUACGAAAUUGGGGACCCAUUUGGGGCAUUUCUACAUUCCCUUUUGAGGGCAACGGUGGUAAUUUGUUGAAAAUGUUUAAUGGAACUCAGUAUGUUUCAGACCAAAUCUGCAAGUCUUUAAUUAUGUUUCAAGAGGCUAAGAAACUUUCUUUACUGUACCUGGCAAAUGCCCCUGAUGAUGUGAAAAAAUUAUGUUAUAAAUUGCAAGGGAAAAGGUUUCACAAAUCAUAUGUCAUGUUAAGCAAUGAACUUUUUGGGAUAGGGAAAAUGGUAUUUAGAUGUUUGAAAAUCUUUGAGCAUGUAGCAAUUGAGAAUUUUUUGAAUGUUGAGUUAGACAAUCCAUGUGCAGUAUUUUUCGAUAGAUUUCUUGUGAAAGGCAAUUUGAUAUAUUCUGAAAGUUACACAAAAUGUAGUGGGAAAUCCAUCAAUUAUGUGAUUAAAACAAAAAGAAAUGUUUUUUUGGUUGUUGAAAAAUUAAUGAUGUUUGAUCAAAACUGCCAGCAUUCUUGUGUCAAUUGUGGGUGUAAAAUACCUUAUAUUGUUGGUAAACAGCUUGAAAAGAUAGAAAAUGUGUUGAUGUCAGAUGAAGAAACUGGUACUUCAUCUUUUUUUCUUACCAAAGUAAAAGAAACUCAAUCUAGAGUUAUUGUAAAUGCUGAUAAUUUUCAGUCAAAGUGUUUGUAUCUGAUUAAAGGCAAUGAUAGGUUUGUUAUUUGUUUGCCUAACCAUUACGAAUGGGAUUAACUUGUUAGUGGAAACACAAUAUAGAGUUUUUAAAUGUGUCAGAAUUACUAGAAUUUUUGACAAUAGUAAUUCAAUGCAAAGAUCUAAGUAUUUUGUUGCUUGCCUCGCAAGUGUUGGUGUAACAUUUGAUUAUCAAAAUAUAGCCUGACUGUGAAAGUUCAACAAAUUUGUAAUAUUUGUAAAUAUAUGUCAGUAGUUAUUGCUUCAAUUGUUUGGCAAAAGUAAUCAUGGAAGUUCAAUGAAAAUGUAUACAUCAAUGAAAACUGUAUAUUGUGCUUUCUUCAAAAAUGUUUAAAUUCAUAUAUCUUUUUGUUCAUGAUUAUGAUCAUGGUGAAAGUUUCACAAAUGUCUUCAUUAUUUUUUUAUGUUAUAAUUACACUGCUUGUCAUGUUUUUAAUUUAUUCUUUGUUAUGCUACCUAACUUCUUAUUGGGCAUUUAUUGUGACAAAAUCAUUACUGGAUUGUCAAUAAGCUGUUGGAUGAUGGAUGAAACAUUUUUUUUUUAUUUUGUCA